UUUCUUGAACCAUCUAGACAGCCCCAGACAUGGCACAUGGUAACUCCUUUUGAGUCCUUUAGUCUCUCUAGACACUUCCUCAGGCCCUUCUCAGCCCUCUGAGAUGCCUCUUUUCUGCUCCUUGCCAUGACUCUAGUCCCAUGAAUGUCCCUGAAGACAUUCUUGCAGGGUCCUCAUAAAUGUCUCCCAAGUCCCUGUCCAUCUCUCUAGUUCCUCUUCCUAGUUCCUCUUGGCCUUUCUAGACACCCUCAGUUUCCCUGUACUGGUGGCCCAGGGCCUCUCCAAACCUCCCCACCACCACCACCACCAUCCUGGAGACAGGCACAUUCUCCUAAAGGCCACGCACACCUUCACCCCCAAGCCUCCGUGGGCCUGGGGAGCUGCAGGAUGGCGGCAGGCGUGGCCACGUGGCUGCCUUUUGCCCGAGCGGCAGCUGUGGGCUGGCUACCUCUAGCCCAGCAGCCCCUGCCCCCAGCGCCCGGGGUGAAGGCCUCUCGAGGGGAUGAGGUUUUGGUGGUGAACGUGAGCGGGCGGCGCUUUGAGACCUGGAAGAACACACUGGACCGCUACCCAGACACUCUGCUGGGCAGUUCGGAGAAGGAGUUCUUCUACGAUGCCGACUCAGGCGAGUACUUCUUCGAUCGAGACCCGGAUAUGUUCCGGCACGUGCUGAAUUUCUACCGCACUGGGCGACUACACUGCCCAAGACAGGAGUGCAUACAGGCCUUUGAUGAAGAGCUGGCCUUCUAUGGCUUGGUCCCUGAGCUUGUUGGUGACUGUUGUCUUGAAGAGUAUCGGGACCGUAAGAAGGAGAAUGCUGAGCGCCUGGCGGAGGAUGAAGAGGCCGAGCAGGCUGGGGAUGGCCCAGCUCUGCCAGCGGGCAGCUCCCUGCGACAGCGGCUGUGGCGGGCCUUUGAGAAUCCUCACACGAGCACCGCAGCUCUAGUUUUCUACUACGUGACUGGCUUUUUCAUUGCUGUAUCAGUCAUUGCCAAUGUGGUGGAGACCAUCCCAUGCAGGAGCACUGCACGGCGACCCCCGAGGGAGCAACCCUGUGGCGAUCGUUUCCCACUGGCCUUUUUCUGCAUGGACACAGCUUGUGUGCUCAUAUUCACAGGCGAAUACCUCUUGCGGCUAUUUGCCGCCCCGAGUCGUUGUCGAUUCUUGCGAAGUGUCAUGAGCCUCAUCGACGUGGUGGCCAUCUUGCCCUACUACAUCGGACUUUUCAUGCCUAAGAAUGAAGAUGUCUCCGGUGCCUUUGUCACUCUGAGAGUGUUCCGGGUGUUCCGCAUCUUUAAGUUCUCCCGACACUCACAGGGCCUGCGAAUUCUGGGCUACACACUCAAGAGCUGUGCCUCUGAGCUUGGCUUUCUCCUCUUUUCCCUCACCAUGGCCAUCAUCAUCUUUGCCACGGUCAUGUUCUAUGCUGAGAAAGGCACAAGCAAGACCAACUUUACCAGCAUCCCUGCUGCCUUCUGGUAUACCAUUGUCACCAUGACCACGCUUGGUUAUGGCGAUAUGGUGCCCAGCACCAUUGCUGGCAAGAUUUUUGGAUCCAUCUGCUCACUCAGUGGCGUCUUGGUCAUUGCCCUGCCUGUGCCAGUUAUUGUGUCCAACUUUAGCCGCAUCUAUCAUCAGAACCAACGUGCUGACAAGCGCCGAGCACAGCAGAAAGUGCGCUUGGCGAGAAUCCGGUUAGCAAAGAGUGGUACCACCAAUGCCUUCCUGCAGUACAAACAGAAUGGGGGACUUGAGGACAGCGGCAGCGGGGAGGAACAGGCGCUGUGCGUCAGAAAUCGUUCUGCUUUCGAGCAGCAGCAUCACCACUUGCUACAUUGUCUAGAAAAGACAACGUGCCAUGAGUUCACAGAUGAACUGACCUUCAGUGAGACCCUGGGAGCUGUAUCACUGGGUGGCCAUACCAGCCGCAGCACUUCCAUGUCCUCCCAGCCAGUGGGGACCAGCAGUCUGCUAUCCUCUUGCUGCCCCCGCAGGGCCAAGCGCCGCGCCAUACGUCUUGCCAACUCCACUGCCUCAGUUAGUCGUGGCAGCAUGCAGGAGCUAGACACAUUGGCUGGGCUGCAGAGGAGCCCUGCCCCUCAGAGCCGCUCAAGCCUCAAUGCCAAGCCCCAUGACAGCCUUGACUUGAAAUGCGACAGCCAGGACUUCGUGGCAGCCAUUAUCAGUAUCCCUACUCCUCCUGCCAACACCCCAGAUGAGAGUCAACUUUCCUCCCCUGAUGGUAGCAGCGGCAGGGACAGCAGCACCCUCAGGAACUCCAGCCUGGCUACCCCUUGCUUCCUUCCCGAGACUGUCAAGAUCUCUUCUUUGUGA